GCUCAAGACACAUUUUUUUUUUAAUUUACUUUGUAGAAAUUACAGCCGUAUGUUGGUACGUUGGUAACUUCAGCAUUAUUUUGAGCGGAAUAUAAAUAUGUUGGAGUUUCUGUUGAGAUAACGUGAGCAACCUUUCAUUAAAACGAUGGCUAAAGUUCCAGCCCACUGCAGGACGUCUUAUUAACAUUUUUAAAGUCUUUAUUUGAUGGUUUAAAGCUGAGUGAAUGGAGGGACCGUCCUUUCGGCUGUCCCCCGGCUCCGGCGGAGCGUGGCUGCAGCAAGCGGCCAGCAGACAGCCGGGAGCGGAGACAGAUGCUGACUCUGCCCGCCAAAUAAAAACACAUUUCCGUGUGUGUCGGUUCAUCAUGGAAGCAGGAGUGAAGCUGGGUAUGCACUCCGUGCCUGUGGCUACAGCAUGUGUGUUGUACCACCGUUUCUUUGAGCGCAUGAGCAUGCCUGCAUAUGAGCCCUACCUGGUGGCCAUGAGCUGUAUGUACCUGGCUGGAAAAGUGGAAGAGCAGCACAUUAGGACCCGUGACAUCAUCAAUGUGAGCCACAGGUAUUUCAACAGUGGCAGUGCUCCUCUAGAAUGUGACAAGGAGUUCUGGGACCUAAGGGACAGCGUGGUGCAGUGUGAGCUCCUGAUCUUGCGACAGCUCAACUUCCAUGUCUCCUUCCAACACCCGCACAAGUAUUUACUCCACUACUUGUUGUCUGUGAGGUCACUGGUGAACCGCCACGCAUGGUCUCGAACCCCCGUUGCUGAGACUUGCUGGGCGUUGCUGAGAGACUGCUACCAUGGUGACAUGUGUAUCCGCCACACACCACAGCAUAUUGCUGUUGCAACACUGUACCUCGCUCUAAACAGCUAUGGAGUGGAGUUGCCUGUUGGAGAGAGAGAGUGGUGGCAGGUGCUGUGUGAGGACGUGACCAAAGACAACAUCGAUGCUGUGAUCUCAGACCUCCUCCAGCUCUACGACAUGGAGGCCAAAUGUAUCUGAAGGACACACCCAGCAGAGCUCCAUAUGAGAGACACAUGAUUAUUGUUUCUGCUGCAUCUGUAUGAUUGUGUCUUUUUGUGUGGGCAUGUGCGUAAGAGUGCCUAAGCUGCCCCAGUUAGUCUGUGAGCUGUGACAAAAACACACCUGCACUAUCGAAUUCCACCACCGUGGGGAGACAUGUCUCGUGUUCUGCUGUGUGAUGCCUGAACUCUGCAGAAUGAUCAGCACCAGGUUUCCCAGCAACAUCCCAGAAAAACAUUUCGACACUGAAUGAAAUUUGACCAUUUACACUGUAUGGAUGCGGGCAUCUUAAUUUUAACAUUUAUCAGUAGCUGGCAUAAAAAUGACAUCUCUGUAAAGACUUUCAGGAUGCAGUGAUGAAGGUUGUAAUGCUCAAAUGUGCUGGAUAAUGUUAUGCACUAUAAAAACACAUAAAAUAAAUAUGGAUUACAAUCUAGAGCACUUUGCCUUGAAAAUCUGCAUAUUAAUGUGAAAAUUUAAAUUUUCUUUUAAUUACCCAUUUAUUUCACAUGCAGAAAAUUGUUAAUGCUGGCACCAGCAGUGAUUAUAUAAAAUGUUUUCCUUUAGAAUGUUUGCUGCUGAAUGCAUAAAUUGCUGAAUGAC